CUUAUGAUGAUGAUGAUAAAAUGCCCCCACCCUUCUCCGUUAGCUUCAGAUCUGGUGGUCCUGGAAACUCACAUAGUUUAACAUUUUCUUCUCUAGACAUCUCCAGAGAGAAAACACUACAACUCCAGUUUCACUAUACUAAUGGGAGAGGAAGAGAAGAAACCGGCAGAGGAGAAGAAAAUGGAAGAGAACAAGGGUGAAGAUGGGAAGAAAGGAGGAGAGGAAGAGAAGAAAGAAAAGAAAGAGGAAGCAAAACAGGAUGGAAAGUCAGGGGAGGAAAAGAAAGCUGAAGAAUCAAAAGAUGGGAAAGAAUCCCCUGCUCCUCCUCAAGAGAUUGUCUUGAAGGUUUACAUGCAUUGCGAAGGUUGCGCCCGCAAAGUCCGUAGGUGUCUCAAGGGCUUUGAAGGGGUGGAAGAUGUAAUGACUGAUUGUAAGAGUAAUAAGGUGGUGGUGAAAGGAGAGAAAGCGGAUCCUUUAAAAGUUCUUGAGAGAGUUCAAAGGAAGAGUCACAGGCAAGUGGAGCUUCUCUCUCCGAUCCCCAAACCACCUGCACCAGAGGAAGAGAAGAAAGCAGAGGAGAAAGAGAAGCCUAAGCCUGAAGAGAAGAAAGAAGAGCCUCAGGUGAUCACGGUUAUGCUCAAGGUUCACAUGCAUUGUGAAGCUUGUGCACAGGAAAUCAAGAAACGUAUUCAGAGAAUGAAAGGGGUAGAAGCAGCUGAACCAGAUCUAAAGAGUUCAGAGGUGACAGUGAAGGGAGUGUUUGAUCCACCAAAACUGGUAGAGUACGUGUACAAGAGAACAGGGAAGCACGCGUUAAUAGUGAAGCAAGAGCCAGAGAAGAAGAAAGAAGAAGAAAAAGCAGGCAAAGAUGCCAACAAAGAAGAGAAAAAAGGUGAAGAAGGUGGUGACAAAGAAAUGAAAGAAGCCGGUGGAGAAGACAACCAGGACAAGAAAGAAGGUGACAACACAGAAGCCAACGCAGCAGCCGCUGAAGGUGCAACAGAAGAGAUCAAAGUGGCGAUGGAACUCAUGAGAAAUGAAUACAAUUACUACCCAGCAAGGUAUGCAACAGAGUUUUAUGCAUACCCUCCUCCCCCUCCUCCUCAGAUCUUCAGUGAUGAGAACCCUAAUGCUUGCUCUGUAAUGUAAAAACUGGAGGAUUCAGGGGCAUGGUAGGGAUUAGGAUGAACAAAAUAUUGGCUCCUGCUCUUUGCAUGUGCCCCCACUUUGUACUGUGUAGGCUCUGCCUGAUGGCUAUUAUAAAAAAGUAUAAUCUACAGACAAACUGUAGAAUUUUG